UUGACCACUGUGUUCGGUUGUGCCUGAGAGAACUGUAGUGUUGUAAAUAUGAGGUAGUUGUUUAUUUAUAGUAACAAGAUAUUUAUUAAUGCAAAGACGCAUUAUAUCCUAGAGCACUCAUCCUAGAUCUGUACAUACAUAUAUAUGGACACUUCUGCAGAGCCUGUUCCUGAGAGGAGAGUGCAUGAUGUCAGGAUGACCUCUAUCAGAUCCAGAACCAACCUUGACUUGCACUGAAAGCAGACUUGCACUAAACGUUGACUUUCAAGAUCAUUUCGGUAGCAGUGUGUUAUGGGUAUUUGCAGUCUGUGGCAAACAUAUUCCAGAAAAAAUCUGCUAUUUGUCAUCAUUGCUGAGCCAUCGUUGAGACACGACUGAUUAUAUAUGAGAUUUCAUCCUGAUGGAUUCAAAUUAGAGCACAUUACAAAGCAAGGAACCAUUGUGUCUGAGCAAGAAAAGUCACAGAGAGCAACUGCACACUCCAUGGAUAACAUGGCUGGCGUUCCAUUCAUCUUCCUGCAUCAUCGACUUGGCAGUGUCAUAUUAUUGAAUAUAUAAAAUAAUCUACUUUAAGGACUUUCUGAACUCCCCCAAGUUAAAUCCUGCCUUAUCACAAUGAGUUCAAAUCUCUGGGGUCAGGAGAAAAGCAGCUCCACCUACUGGGAGGAGAGAAUCUUCUACUUGCUGGUACAAGAGUGCAGCUUGGUUGACAAACAGACACAGAAACAGAUCAAAGUUCCCAGGGGCAGCAUUGGACAGUUCGUUCAGGAGCGGUCUGCCGUGGCACACAGCCGGAGCAUCCCAUCAAAGAGCAAAAAAGCCCAGAUUGCGCUUAAAAUUUUGGAGCAGCCCUAUACCCUGCUGCUAGUGGAUGAGAAAGAUGUCAUUGAAAUUACAGAGAAGCUAACGGAAGUGCUGCUGGCUAUCACAAACUGUGAGGAGAGAUGCAGCCUGUUCAAAAAUAAAGUUAGGCUUUCUAAAGCCUUGCAGAUUGAGACUGGCUCUGCAGUAAGGGUUUUCCUGAGGCCAGUAGAUGGGCACUACCCAGGUGUUGUGCGGUAUAGGGGACCAUUGCUGCCAGACAGGACUGUCACCGGCAUCUGGUUUGGGGUGGAAUUGUUGGAAGACGGCCGUGGUCAGGGAUUUACGGAUGGUUCAUACCAGGGAAAACAGUUAUUUCGAUGUGAUGAUGAGUGUGGCGUGUUUGUGGCUCUAGACAAAUUAGAACUGUGCGAGGAAGAUGAUGAUGAGUUAGAGAGCGAUUAUGCUUCUCCGGUAGACCCUAGCCAGACCGAGAUUCCUCCUCUUGAGAUCAACUCCAGAGUGUCUUUGAAAAUUGGAGAGGGAAUGGAGUUUGGGACUGUUAUUUUUUGCGAUGUCCUGCCUGGUAAAGAAAGCCUUGGAUAUUUUGUUGGAGUUGAUAUGGACAAUCCAAUUGGAAAUUGGGAUGGCCGAUAUAAUGGAAUCCAGUUGUGUAGCUUUGCUAGUGUGGAAAGUACUCUCCUUCUGCACAUAAAUGAUAUCAUCCCAGAAUCUGUAAACCAGGAGAGGAGGCCUUUAAAACUUGCCUAUACUUCCCGGUGUGGGAGCGAGAAAAGCUUAUCCACUCACAGCAAACCAAAGGUCACAGGUAACAGAAGUCUGGAUAAUACAGUUCUGCAUUCAGGAUCUACCUCUGAGUCUGGAAGCAGAAACCGGUCAGAAUUCUUUUACACUUUAAAUGGCAGCUCAGCUGAAACUCCGCACCAGCCGAAGACCAAGACUAGUUGGUACAUGGAUGAAGCUCGCGAGAGGUCAUCACGAGGGGCCAGUUCUGGUGUUCCAGAGAGCAGCCGCUGUGAAGUUGUGGAAGACUCUGCAAAAUCUCUGACUGAGACAUCCCCAUCCUCAUUUGGACACUGUUCGCCCCCUCUACAGCCUACAGCAAGCAGCUGCUCACCUGGAGAGAAUAGAUUCCACUCUCUCCCCUUUAGCCUUUCCAAGAUGUCCAGUACUAAUGGCACAAUGGGGCACACACCCCUGUCGUUGUCUGUGCAGUCAGUCAUCGGAGAAUUAAACCAUGCAUCCCUGCAGGACAGCCCACCAGGACCUCAGCACCUUUCCAAUCUGCACGGCCUAGAGGUGGGAUCACUGGCAGAAGUUAAAGAGAACCCCCCGUUUUAUGGGGUGAUCCGCUGGAUUGGUCAGCCUGCAGGUGUCAACGAUAUGUUAGCUGGACUAGAGCUGGAAGAUGAAUGUGCAGGAUGCACAGAUGGCACUUUCAAGGGGACAAGAUUUUUUACCUGUGCCCCCAAAAAAGCACUUUUCGUGAAGCUGAAGAGCUGCAGGCCAGACUCCAGGUUCGCGUCACUUCAGCCGGUCUCCAACCAGAUAGAACGAUGUAACUCCUUAGCUUUUGGAGGAUAUUUAAGUGAAGUAGUUGAAGGGAACACUCCUCCAAGAACAGAAAAGGAAGGAUUAGAAGUUAUGAUUGGAAAGAAGAAAGGGAUACAGGGGCAUUACAACUCCUGCUACCUUGAUUCAACUUUAUUUUGCUUAUUUUCCUUCAGUUCUGUGCUGGAUUCUGUCCUCCUGAGACCGAAAGACAAAACCGAUGUGGAGUAUUACAGUGAAACUCAAGCACUUCUUAGGACAGAGAUUGUGAACCCUCUGAGAAUAUAUGGAUAUGUAUGUGCAACUAAAAUAAUGAAAUUAAGGAAAAUUUUAGAGAAAGUGGAAGCUGCAUCAGGAUUUACAUCAGAAGAAAAAGAUCCAGAGGAAUUUCUAAAUAUCUUGUUCCAUCAUAUAUUAAGAGUAGAUCCUCUGUUAAAAAUAAGGUCAGCAGGACAGAAAGUACAAGACUGCUACUUCUACCAGAUCUUCAUGGACAAGAAUGAGAACGUUGGGGUACCCACCAUACAGCAGCUAUUAGAGUGGUCAUUUAUUAACAGCAGCUUAAAGUUCGCAGAGGCUCCAUCAUGUCUAAUAAUUCAGAUGCCUCGAUUUGGAAAAGACUUUAAGAUGUUCAACAAAAUAUUCCCUUCCCUGGAUCUGAAUAUCACAGAUUUAUUAGAAGACACUCCCAGGCAGUGCCGUAUCUGUGGAGGGCUUGCCAUGUAUGAAUGCAGAGAGUGCUAUGAUGACAGUGACAUUUCUGCCGGGAAAAUCAAGCAGUUCUGUAAAACCUGUAACACCCAGGUUCACCUCCAUCCAAAAAGACAGCAUCAUAAAUUCAACCCAGUAUCCCUCCCCAAAGAGCUGCCAGACUGGGACUGGCGGCAUGGCUGCAUACCAUACCAGAAGAUGGACCUGUUUGCUGUGUUGUGCAUAGAGACAAGUCAUUAUGUGGCUUUUGUAAAAUAUGGCCGGGAUGAUUCUGCUUGGGUAUUUUUUGACAGUAUGGCAGACCGUGAUGGUGGGCAAAAUGGUUUUAACAUUCCACAAGUCACUCCUUGUCCCGAAGUUGGGGAAUAUCUGAAAAUGUCCUUGGAGGAACUUCAUGCCUUAGACUCUCGUAACAUCCAGGGCUGCGCGCGGCGGCUCCUGUGCGACGCCUACAUGUGCAUGUACCAGAGCCCCACUAUGAGCCUGUACAAAUGAACAACUGGUCUGUUUUUCACAAGGACAUGGAUCGGACUAUAAACCUGUGGUGGGCAACCUGUGACUACAGCAGUUGUUGAAGUUGCCAUGCUGUGCUGGAAAUUGUAGUUCAACAGCAGAAGUCCCACACUAUACCCAAGCCUGUUGUAUAUUCUUACCUACUAGAGCAGCUGUCAAGGCCUUCCCACACACUACAGCAAUUCUUCUUGUGUUUUCCUUAACCCAUUUGCUGUUAACAAAGAAGAUAACUCAAUAUAACUGCAUUAGCAAUUUAUUUGCACUUCAAGUAUUUCUUUUUAUCUUUUUUUGUCUUUUAAGUUCCACUGAAUGUAAGUGACAGGAUGGAAGAUCUCCGAAGCUUUAAGUUUUAACAGACUUUUACUGUGUUAUUUUCUUUUCGUUUGAGAAAAUAUUAAACAGCACAAAUGAAA